AUGUCUUACAACAACGAUUACAGCAGCAACAAUGAUGAGUACAGCAGUACUGGUCGCCAAGGAGGUUUCAAUGACAGAACUACUGGCUCAGGAGGCUACGGCCAGGACUCGAGUUAUGGAAACGACAACCUGAGCAGCGGAGCAAACCCCGGCAGCGGACUUGGCCGCGACCAAUUCAACGACUCUUCAAACCCCGUUCGCGGCGGUGCUCUGGGUAGCGACGAUAUUGCCGACCGUAGCGGCAACUCUGGCUCUGCUGGGCUUGGAAGAGAUGAGUACUCUUCAUCUGGUCGCGAUACCUAUGGCUCCAACACUGGCAGAGAUACCUUCUCGUCAUCUGGAGAUAACUACAACUCUGGCAACACUGGCUACGGAUCGAGUGGAAAUGAUAACUUUGGAUCGAGCGGACUUGGCGAUUCAAGAGGCAUCCAUCAUCAGACUUCUGCCAGUGGAAGUUUUGGCGAGGAUGAGUUGAAGCCUUCUCACGGUAUUGAGAGAGAUACACACCACACCACUGGUGGAAACUACCCUUCACUCGACGACAACCUUGGCUCAGGCGCAACCAGCGGCGCUGGUUUCGGCAACAAGUCAUCCUCUGACCGCGACGCUUUCGACGACUCGAGCAACACACGCUUCGGCUCCGGCAACGAUACCGGCGCCUACUCAGGAAGCACCGAUUUCGGAUCCGGAGCCACUGGCGGUGCAGGUUACGGCAACAAGUCCAGCUCUGGUCGUGACGAGUUUGGCGAUUCUAGCGAUACUCGUUUUGGCUCGUCAAGUGAUACUGGCGCCUACUCGGGCAGCAACGAGUAUGGUAGCGGUACCACUGGUGGUGCUGGAUAUGGUAACAAGUCUUCGGAUUACGGCGCCAAUGAUGAGAGCUCUGGCAAGCACGGUGAUUCGACCGCUGGAAAACUGAUGAGCAAGCUCGGUGGUAUGAUGAAGAACGAGAAGAUGGUCGAGAAGGGUGAGGCCAAGCGUGAGGCAGCUGGUGCCUACAACGACCGCUCCGACUACUAG